AUGAUUAUUCCAUCAUUGAGGAAGUAUAUGAAGAGCAUACUCACUAGCAACUUGAGUCUAGAAGAGGGAGUGAUGUUGAUAACAGAAGAUUGUAGCCUAGCCCUCCAAAACAAAACCCCGGAGAAGCUUGACGACCCGGGGAGCUUUGUUCUCUCAUGCCAAAUCGGAGGUACGAUCUUUAAACGCUGCCUUUGUGACUUAGGGUCUAGCGUGAAUCUUAUGCCCUAUACAGUGGCCAAGCGCCUUGGCAUAACAAGCUUUAGACCCACAAAGAUUCAGUUGGUCUUUGCUGAUCGAUCGGUGAGGCGGCCCAUUGGCAUCGUGAGUGAUGUACAAGUCAUGAUUGGUAAAUGUUUCAUACCGGCUGACUUUGUGGUGCUGGAACUAGACCAAGAACCAAGAGAUCCCCUGAUCUUAGGGCGACCUUUCUUAGCCACAGCCGGCGCCAUUAUUGAUGUCAAGGGAGGAAAGAUAGACUUACACUUGGGAGACUUGGUAAUGAAGUUUCAAAUUGACAAAACUUUGGAAAAGCCAACUAUCGACGGGUUCUCUUUCUUGGUGGACAAUUUAAGUGAGGUGUCUGAAGGAGUGUAUGAGGAGCUGAUAAUGGACGACCCCUUAGAAGUGGCACUAACCCGUGUGGAGAAAGAAGGAGGCUAUUUUAGUAGAGAAGCGCGAGACAUAGCCAAGUCACUCGAUAACGCGGAGACUUACAAGAACUUAGUAGCUUAUGUUGGCUUGGAGAAGAAGUAA